GAAUCGUGACGUUAAACAGCCUGUCAAUUUGACAAGUGUGGAAGGUUAUGCUACUUAUGCACUGUUCUUCAAUUUUUUUUUAGUUUUUGAUGAACAGAUUUAAUUUCUUUAAUUAAAAAGUAUGCAAGAUUCGCUCGAAGAUUAUAUUCGUAUUUCGCGCAACUGCAAAGAGGGACCAACCCAGGUUAAGAAAGAAGUUCUUAUUACUGCUCAAAUAAAAAAGGAGUGUGAUGCGAAAGCACUGCAAAUACUUCAGUUUGCAAUAGAAGGGAAAAUGAGGUCAGAUGCUUUGUUCAAAUGUUUACCCUACAUUAACCAGUCUCAUUACCAAGACAUUGUCGAGGAAAGAGCUAUCAGCAAGCUGUGCGGAUAUCCACUUUGUUCCAAAAAAAUUCCAGACAUGCCAAAGAAACAAUUUUACAUUUCCACUAAAAACAACAAGGUUUAUGACAUAACAGAUCGCAAGAAUUAUUGUAGCAAUUUUUGCUAUCGCGCCAGUCUUCAUAUCAAAGGCCAAAUAGACACCAGUCCGUUAUGGCUUAGAAAGUAUCAAGAAAAGGCCCAUUACACGCUCCUCAACAAAUCAGAAAAGGGUCUGCCAGGAGAGAUGAUAGAUCAGGGUGUAAUAAAACCAGCUGUGGAACCAUAUUUUACUUCAGUAUCCAGUUUUACUCAAAUGUCAUUAGAUGAGGCAGAAGAAUUGGAGUUAAACCCUCAAGAGGAGGAGAAAAUAAAGCAAAAAAAGAAACCCAGAAAGUACCAAAGAAAUGCAAUGAAAACCAUUAACGAAAAUGAGGAAGAAGAACAAGUCGAAUCAGGAGAAAAAAUGGACGAAAUGAAAGAAUCUGUAGAAAUACUAAAUAAGGAAAAUAAAAACACCCCGAAAAUAAAAGACAAACCGUUAGCUCAAACUAAACAAACAAACGCCACUGACGUGGAAUCACACAUCUACAAAUGUAUUAAAGAGUGGUUAACUCUAGAAACGUUCAUGUUUGUUCACGGCGAAGAAAAAGUAAAAGAAAAGCUGGAUAGUCAAAAACUAAGCCACUACUUUGACGCUCUGAAAAUAUCACAACUGCAAGUGGAGCAACAGAAACGAUACAUCGACAUUUGCAGAAAGCUGCAUUUAAGAGAAUUGGCCGAAGAAAAAUUUGACAAAGCCGUUGUCGGAAACCAGGCCUUGAAACCAAUCCCUGACUAUCGACAACUAAAGGAAGAAAGCCGCGAAAUCGACUUAAAGGUGAAGUGUUUCUACAGUGGCGAAAUACAUAUCCAGGAAGACAAAAACUUCCCCUCGAAAAAGGAAGACACGACUAAUGAAGAAGAGGAACAACCGGCAGUGCUGCCCUUGGUCGAUGUGAACUCACAAAACGCGUUAAGAAGAAAAAUCUUCCUAAAUUCACUCAACAAAACAGUACAAACUUUAUUCCAAACUUUGAGGAUAAGUCCGAGCUUGGUUUUGUCAGAUUUGCAAUCCCUGGUCAAGACUUUCAGUCUGAAAGCGGACAACAUUGUCUUCAAACCCGCAAUUUGGACCUACAUUGCUAUAAUUUUGCUGAAAAUCCUGGCCGUGAGGGACGAAAACUUGCGCAAGCUUCUGGACCAGGAGGCGUCCAAAAGUCAGUUAAACACCUGGCUGUCUUCACUCCCCAACAAAACCCAAAUAGUCAGUGAUACCUUGAACAUUCUUUUUGAUAUCGAUACCUUUGUGGAAAAUUACAUUUGUAAAUAAUUUUAAUAAAAUGUAUCAAGUAGCAA